GCACCGGGUUAUCGUUCAUCGGAUGAAACUGUCCCUUAACGACGCCAACCUUUGAAUGUGCGACCGUUAAUUCUGAAGUAUAGCGGGCUUGAAGCGAUAUAGGUUGUACGGUUGCCAGCGCUGCUGAUGCGAAGCAGUAAGUUGCGGUUCAGUAUCCACACGUCAUCUUAAAUGUUGCAUCCCACAACGCAUAAUAAUAAAUCAAAAGAAGCGCGUUGACGAAAUGAGGCGAUACGUUACAAUCUCGCAUGCAUAGUUCGAUGCUAUGCACAGGCGAAAAGGGUAACAUAAUAGCACUGCUGUGCAUAUACAUUGAACUUUACAUUAUACGAUGAUUGCAACACCUAUUUUCAGCAAACAGUUAGUGGGUGUGGGUAUCCCAUUUUAUUGCUACUACAUUUUUGAACUGUGCAUGUUUUCAUGAACGAAGCAGAAAAUGAGUAAUGGUUGUUUGUGCUCACCCAUAGUCGGGCACCAUCUGGUUUUCUGAUUAAUUCCUGACGGAAUCACCCGUCGACAUGCUGUCUUUGUCAGCGUUAGAGUUGAAAUGAAUAUUGAGCCAUUCCAGGCUGUUCCAGCCUCCGUCGUUAAUGAAGGUUAUAGACAUCCGAGUAAACGAUAUUUGUUACCAGCCUUCUCCAUAAUGCCUGCCCGUUCCAGUCCUUUCCUCUGCAGUAGAGCUUCUCUGACUCCCUCGGCACACUGUGCACUGGGAUUGAAUCCUCUUCGAAUGUGCAAUUUUGCAAGGCUGGGUGGGCAGUAAUAGACUUGGGCGGAUAGGGCAAUGGGGAAGAGGCGGAUUCAUCAAGGCGUGAAUCCGAGCAGUGAUGAUGAAAGGAACGCCUUUAAUAUUUCACUUUACUCGCAGCUUAACCUUCAGAGACGUGCAGCUUUUCUCGACCAGACUAUUCUGCACAUUUUCUCAUAAAUUUUCGAUGAGUUUUAACGUCAUCACCCAUUGGACUCUCCGCAAGGCAAGCGAGACUGAAGUUAGUAUGAAAUAGGACGGAGCUCGCGCAGAGACACGCGGUUAUCGUUCAUCCGUCAGCACGUUCCGGAGAGGAGGUCGCUGUAAGUAUAAGCACCAUCGGUGACUAGGAGCAUCUCUGCAUCACCACGGGUCAGGGACAAUCUUUUAUUUAGAGAGCUAAUCGCACGCGUUUGAUCCGUGUUGGAGGUGGGAGACCUCUGGUUACUGGAUAUUCUUGGAAAAUCAGCUGCCAUUUAGAGGAUUUGCUGGCAGUGUCACAUCUGAGGAAAGUUCAUCAGGGCUGUCCUUUCUGCUUACUGUGUGCCGACAGCGUUAGACAGAAUAUUGUGCGUCUUUUGAAAGGUGUCUACGGUGCACAUUUAACUGAUACCAACUACAUCUGGUAGAGGACUGCUUAGCUGUACCGAGAGGGGGACAUCGUCGGGCUCAAGUUGCUGAUGGCCCGCCUGCUACUCAAGCUUUCCCGGGCCACCAUGAGAGUAGGAACCCCGGCACUUCUCGUGCUCACUGGGGUGUCCCUCUGCAGCCUGAUGCUCAUAACCAGGCAGGUGGACAAUACGAAUCUGUCACCAUCCAGACGGGACCUUCUUGAGGGCGUUGAAUUUUCUGUGCUGCCAGACUUACAGCUUCCUCAUCGUUCAAGACCUUCCGCCGUAUCUAAAUUAGGGAAUCAGAAAAACACACGCCUCCGGUCAAUCCCUGCCGGGACAGAAUCGGCCCCUGGGAAUAAAACAUCUACGAGAAUGAAAGGAACGGUCAGCGCAGUAGAUCAUCAGGCUUUUAUCAAAAAGGCAAUCAAGGAAAGACCGGGAAGAGUCAUGUACCAGCCAUUAACACUAGCGGGGAUCAACGUGACGUUCCUGGGCUGUUACGAGGACAGCGUGGUUCCCUCCCUCCGGACGCUGCAGGAGGAGUUCCUGUCCGACUACAGGAGGAUGACGGUGGAGAAAUGUCUCAACCACUGCAGGAAAAGAUAUUUCCCGUUCGUGGGCCUGGAGUUCGGAGGAGAGUGUUACUGUGGGAAACAGCUGCACAGGGGCCCUGCGUCCGUGUCAGACUGUAACGUCUCCUGCCCAGGCCAUGAGAACAGCACCUGUGGUGGGGUGAACCGUCUGACAGUCUACCACAUCCACCCCAGGUCCAUGGGACGGCCUCCGAAAGACAGGCAGAGAGUGGAGCUGGGGAUACUCAGACCAGACCCCCGGUCCCGAGAGCGGUACCUGGACGCGGAGACGGACGAGGCUUACCGGGGAUGCUACCCGGUCCGGCCGGGGCUGGAACGGACCGCCUCCAUGCCGGUACGGGACCAUCUCCUCACGCCAAGGCGGUGUCGUCUGAGCUGUCAACAACAGAUUUAUACUCUCGCCCUUGUGCGAAAUGCCACGGUUUGCCAGUGUCUGAACGCCAGCGCCACCUGCCGACUUGUCAACGCAUCGUCAGAUGACAACUGCAACUUCAGCUGUUCUGGGAACGAGCGACAAAAGUGCGGAGGGCCCUCACACAUGUCCGUGUAUAGGACAGAGAUUGAAGACCGUCGUUGUGCGACAGCCAGCUUCCUGCAGGACCACAGUUGGCCGCUAGUGGCGCUGGCAAGCUACCCCGGAUCCGGAAACACAUGGGUCCGCCAUCUCAUAGAGAGGGCAACCGGCAUCUACACGGGCAGUUAUUAUAACGACGGAGACCUGUUCAAUAAAGGGUUCCGGGGAGAGCGGGAGAACUGGUUACGGAGGAACACAGUGGCAGUGAAGACCCACCGGUUCGACCGAGCUCACAUAGAACAGUUCCACAGCAGUAUCCUCCUGAUCAGGAACCCUUACAGCGCCAUGUUAGCUGAGCACAACCGGAAAUACGCAGGCCACACCGGGCUGCCGGCACCUAAGUACUACCAGCUACACGAAUGGAGAGAGUUUGUGGACGGUCAGUCCCGAACCUGGACUAACACCAACCUAAACUGGCUGCAGUACAGCAGGAGGCUGCUAGUCGUUCAUUAUGAGGACAUUGUGAGGGACACCAUGGGUCAGCUGCGCAGAAUCCUGGACUUCCUGGGCCUCCCUGCCUCCCAGGACAGGCUCAUCUGCCUGGAGGCUGACAAGGACGGCAAGUUCAAGAGAAGACGCCAUCUUGAAUUUGACCCCUACACGUCUGACAUGAAAGGCUACACGAACAUUUACAUCAAAACUAUCGACAUGUCGCUGAGACUGUAUAACCAGACGCGCCUUCCACAGGAAUACUCAACGGACAGUUUGUAACAAAAGACAAAUUGGCACCAUAUUGCUGCUACGUUUUUACAUCACCGUGCCCUAACGGAUUUAAGCCGAAGUACCGUUAGUUCACCUUUAUCCGCGGGGUAACCUAUAUCCGUUAUGUUGCUUAACAGGGUAUCCAGUGAUAUCAAGCCGAUGGACGGUAGUUUUAAAUUGUGAUAUUCUCAAAAUAUUGCAGUUUGAAACCACCAUCUGUUGACUU